AUGGCUGCCGCCGGCAGCAUGGACGAGGACACGGCACGAGCACACGGCACGAGCACGGAGACGCAGCCACGCAAAAACCGCGACCGAGCCAGCCGAACCUCCGCUCCAACUCCAAGCCCAAGCCGCCGCUGUUGCUUCCGGUUCGCCACCACUCCCUCGGUCGCUCCGCAUGCCGCACCUGCAUUGCAUCUCCCCUCCUUCCCCAUGGCCGCCUCGCCCUCCCUCCACGCCCCCCGCCUCCUCCCGCUCAUCCCAAACCCCGCCCCGAGCCUCGCCGGGCCCCGGCGCUGGCCGCGGAGGCGCCUCGCAACGGCGAAGGCGCAGGCGGUGCCGCCGUCGCGGAACGGCAGCUCGGCGGGGACGGACUGGUGCCCGGUGCCCCCGGAGCAGCGGCCCGUGAACGAGUACGAGGCGCUGGCCGCGUCACUGCCCUUCUCCUGGGCGGCGGGGGACCUGGUGCUCUACUGCUCCCGCCUCGCCUUCACGGGGGCCGCCUUCGCGCUCUUCGUCGGCCUCCCCGUCGCGGCCUUCGGCGGCCGCGGGGGCGCCGGCAGCGACGCCCUGCACCUCGCGCUCGGGGCCACCGGUUGCGGCAUCCUCGCCGUCAUGCUCGCCGUCGUGCCGAUGUACCUCGGCUGGGCCUACGUCGGAACCGCACGCGCUGGCUGUCGCUGGUGGUGGAGGAUAUCUGUUCUAGAAUGGGAGGAGAUCGGGGGAAAGAACAACCUGAGACAUUCCCCCUGCAGUUGA